AACUCUGAGUAUCACUCAUGUAUUAUAAGGGAUAAUGUACCCCCUACUGUAAAUGCUGGUCCUUCCCAGGAUCCCCUUUGGUCCGACUCUGGCCGUAUCUGUUUGACUGUACAUAUAUAUGACUGUGUAUAGAAUACAGAAUUCUACGUGUCACUGUUUCGCUUUUGUGUUCGGUCUCAGUAAGUUUCUCCAGUUGAACUUUCCUCUUUUGUGGUGAGAGCCGUGCAUGUCAGCCCUCCUCCGCCCCCCCCCCCCCCCCGAGGGCUCCUUUCCGCUAGACAAGGUGCUGACUGCUCCCUCCCCGACACAGAAGCCCCUGCGGCCAUGGACACGUGCGUACAGUACCCCAUGUCGGUGUUCUCAGUGCAGGGGCAGAUGGCUCCCGUUGCCCAAAAUCAUCAGCCCCUGAAGAAGCAGAACAAGAUCAUCGGUCAGUGGGCGAUUAACCUGGCACUGAUGGUCCUUGCAAUGCUGGCCCUCACCGGCGCUGCUAUUGAGAUCUACAUUCUGAGAAACCUACAGAGAAGUCUGGAAUCUACACAAGAAAUGAUGCAUGAAAAUAUUGAAGCACAAUACAUGACUAAAUCAGAUGAAGCAAAGAGCCCUCCAGUACCCUCAGCUCAUGUUACAGAUUGCAAAUUGACAAACCGGUAUCCUGAACAACAGCUGUUAUGGGAGCCAAGGCAAGGUUCUUCAUUUCUCAAUGAGAUUCAGUACAGGAAUGGUUCUCUCCUCAUCAACAGGACUGGGACCUACUUUAUCUACUCCAAGCUGCAGCUGAGGUUUCUGGACUGCCCCAAAAUGGCUGACUCCAACUUCUUUCAACAUGGAGUGUACAAGAAAAGUCCACACCUACAGGAUAAGGAGAUAAUCCUUAUGGAGAAUAAUAAGCAGUUCUGCGAAAGCCAAGGUGCUAAGAUGUGGGUAGGAAGUAGCUUCCUUGGAGGUACAUUUGUGAUAGAGCAGGGUGAAGAAGUGUAUGUCAAGAUGUCCAAUAAAGAACUCAUCCAAGUCAAGGAUGGAUCCAUAACUUUUUUUGGUGUUUUCAUGCUUUAAGGAGGAACACUUUAAAACUGAUAUUUCCUGCACAGAGAGGUCUAGACACUGUGAACGAACCUCAGUCAACACUGAAGGAAACUCCAUAGGAGAUAGGAAAUCAUCUUACAAUGAACAAGGCAUCUUGGAACACGUUGUCUUCAAGCAGGCCAGACACAUCCCACAAGGAAACAGAAACUAAAUAGGAAACACUGUUAUGUAACGGACAGUCUGGACUCUGUAGACUUUCCUCGUGUGAAACCAACUUAUUUCAGACCAGAGAGCUGGUCUGGGAGCUCGGAAGCUGAUUGUCGGGUAGCUGUUCCAUUUCUCUCUGCUUAUGUUCCAUUGUUCUGGUGAUCUAUCUCCUCGAUGAAUCAUAGCUGUGGCCCUCUCCUUCCCUGCCCCCGUCCUCUCUGUCAAACAAACACACUCAUUUGUCACUAACCACAAAGUCAAGUAAAAGUUAUCUAUAGAAGCGACAAACCACAAGAGGUUGCAUGCACAAUGCUUAGCCCCUAUCUCUCGCUCUGACAGGUUUCCUCCUCUGACAGGUUAGGUCUCGGUUUUGUUUGCAUGCCCAGACCUGCACUAAUAUAAGCACAAAGUGCAAGUCAUUCUGCUACUUUAAGCUGUCAAAUCCCAGAAUCCACCUGCAAGUUAAGAUGGUGUAGGACUGCUGGGGGGUUAAUUUUCCAUAAAUGAUGUAGGGACGGAACAUGAUAAUGGGGAAUCCAUCAAACUAUAGAGACUAAUGCUUUAUUUACCAGUAGGUCCUUCCAACAGACACGAGGACACCCACUCUGUUUAG